AUGAUGAAUCUACAUGCCAUAAUGAUUGGGCUUGCCGCUUGGGAAAGAAAUCACCAAAAUAGUUGCCAUUCAUUUGUCCGUGGUCAAAAAGCCCCUGCAGCAUUGCAAAUUUCGCCCAUGUCUCUCUUCAAAAGCAUACUCCAUCUAACUCUUCUUCCAGCAGUCGUACUUGCCCAGGGUUAUGGCGGCGGCGGCGGAGGUUCUGGAACAACCACAUCUAGUCCCAGUGCUCCGUCCGCCCCUGCUGACACGCCAGGACAGAUGAAUGUAGAUGUGUUUUACCAGGGUAAUUACGUCUUCCACCCUCCCAAUCUCAACGCCAGCAACGGUACGCUCGUGACGUUUUAUAUUCCUGGGGGAGCUUUACCACAUUCCGUCACGCAGUCCUCGUUCAACGCGCCCUGUACUUAUCUGCAAGCAAACACCACUGCUAGUACACCCGCUGGUUUCGACUCCGGCUUGACCAAUUCAAAACAGUUCACAAUCAACAUUACGGACGACACGAAACCAAUCUGGUUCCAUUGCAAAUCUCCAUUGCAUUGCGGUAUGGGUAUGGUGGGAAGCAUCAAUGCUCCAUCGACAGGAAACACCCACGAUAUGUUCGUAGCAAAGGCAAAAUCAAUUGGAAAUAAUGAAGUCACGGAGGCAGACACUGGUGCAGUGACUGGUGGAUUCAACGCAGUUGCGACUGCCGGACCGAGUGCAAGUUCAAAUGGCUCAACGAAAGUAAUGGCCAGUGUUGGUGUAUCGUUGUACUUUGUUAUUCUGGUUCUAUCUUUACUGUAG